UAAACUCCUUCAGCAUAUUAAUAAAAGUAAUAAUAAUAAUAAUAAUAAUAAUAAUAAUAACAGUAAUAUUUGAUAGUACAUCUUUAUGCUUUAUCACAGUGCUGUGUUCUUCGUCACUUAUCUGGUCCUGGCAUGCUGCUCUGCACCAAGGCGGUAUUUCCCGUGGAAUCUGAUUCUCCUCUCUAUCUUUACUGUUAGCAUGGCCUGCAUGCUCGCCUUUAUAUCAAGCUACUACAACACCAAGUCUGUGCUCCUGUGUCUGGGGAUAACGGCCAUGGUGUGCCUCUCUGUCACCAUAUUCAGCUUCCAGACCAAGUUUGACUUCACUUCCUGUCAGGGCGUGCUGUUCGUUCUUAUGAUGGUCCUGUUCUUCAGUGGGAUUGUGAUGGCCAUCGUCCUGCCCUACAGAUACGUACCCUGGCUGCACGUUGUCUAUGCGAUUCUGGGGGCGAUUGUUUUCACCAUGUUCCUAGCCUUUGACACUCAGUUGCUGAUGGGUAAUCGACGCUAUGCGAUGAGCCCGGAGGAGUACAUCUUCGGAGCACUCAACAUCUACCUGGACAUCAUCUACGUGUUCUCCUUCUUCCUGCAGAUCUUUGGGUCUCAGCGGGAGUGAGGGGGCUAGCACCCCCCCACCCCCUCCCCCCCAGGAGUGAGGGGCUACAAUCCACCCUCCUCGCCAGGGCUGGGGGGUCAGUCCGUGCUCUUCAAUUCCAAUCCCUUUUUAAAAAUCAAUUUCCAACCCCCCUUCGAAGGGAUUGAGAUGUCUUUUAGAGACAGAAUAAUUAUCAGAAUUGAAAAACAGGAAUUGCCCCCCCCCCCCCCCCCCCCCCCGAACCCUGACCCUCACUCCCUGAUUCACUCACACACCUCACUCACUGCUGCCCCCUGCAGUCCUUCCUGCGCAUUUAAUAUAUUUUUUUUUAUAUAAUUUUUUGAUGUGUUGGAUUUUGCUGGUAAACAUCCUCUUUCACUCCAGUGUGCUUCACCUGCUGCACCUCCUCUCUGUGCGUCUCCUGCGGUCGUGAAUCUGCAUGACGACGCGCUGCGGAUUUAACUCUUUGUGUGCAUGCUGGCUGCACAGUCGUAGACUAGUAUUUCUUCAGCUCGCAAACUUAAGAAAUGAUAAGCACUGUUUAAAACAUAUAUAUAUAUAUAUAUAUAUAUAUAAGAAUAAUAAGGGAUGGCUUUGCUUUUAAUAAAACGAUCUUUAAACAGCUACAGACGUAGCACCGCGCUGUCGUUAGUUAGUUUAUUUAUUUAUUUGGCAGGGGACUUUAUCCAAGGCGACCUACAGGUGUGACGGAGCAGUGCAGGGUUACAAUGCAAGCUUAAGAUUUAAAUACAGUGUAAUAAUAAUACUACUAAUAUACAACAUGAGCUAGGAUGCAACAAGUUAGGAUCACAGCAAGUUAUAUCUACAGUGACAUGUUAGCAGUGCAAUAGUGCAAGGAUGGCGCAUCAGCUGAGGAUCCAGUAUCGUGGUGCUGAGGGCAGGCAAGUCCAGUCCAUUAGUAGGCGGGUUAGAGUAAGAGAUCCACAAGUGCAGAUUUGUGGCUCUUGUUAUUGCAGGUACUGUUGUGAGCUGAGGACACGUGUAUGUUGAAAAACAGCUUGUGUCCUCCGUGUAGCAAAAAUGUAAGUCUUGUGUGCCUAAAAGUCGAGUGAUCUGAAGUGGGUCUGUGCAGCUUUAAAGAAACUCAUCUAUGGAACGCUGCAAACGUGCGCCGAAGUAGAAAAUUUAUAUUUUUUUGCUCAAAUAACUUCGCAAUCGGAGUGCUGCGUGGCUUGAAUCUGCAGGUUAGCAUGUGACUCCACGUACACGGGGACAACCGUUCAGGCGUUUCAACGCACACGGCCGCGGUGCAUUCUGGUAAGUGUAGUCCCGCUGUGAAAGGUACCUGAGCCAGGUACGACUUCCCAGAAUGCACUGCGGUUGUGAACGGUCCCAAACUGUCCUCGUGUUCAACGUGCAGUCGUGUGGCGACCCUAAAGCUGACUAACGUUACCUGAAAAAGUAUUAAAAACAAAAUAUAUUUUUUAAACCUGAAAAGAUUUGAAUUAAAGAAGAUAGUUGUGUAUUUUUUGUACAGCGAGGCUCAGUACAAAGCCCGUGAAAUUGUGGCUGUGCGGCUUUAAGCACUGCAUGGAGGUCUGUUGUAAAAGUCUUGAGCAGUGUUGUAUUAACGUGCUAGCAGCUUCAAACGCCUUCGUGUGACCGCCCCGCCUCUCCCUUGUCGAGUUGCGAUGUUCGAGUGCUGCUGGGUUCGGUCCGAUAUUGAGGUAGCAUUCUAACUGCCUCCUCAUAUGAAGAGGAUGCAAUUGUACCCCCAUAUAAAGCAAUGGGAAAAAAAUGAAAAUAUGAAAAAUAUAUUUAUUAUGUGUCCAAAUUCUACUUCCCCCCGACCCCCCCCCCCCCCCAGCUAUUUUUUUUUAUGAAAAUUGCAUGAAAGGGUUAACUCACACUGCAGUGCAUUGUGGUACUUGUAGUCCUGCAGCUCUUUGAAUUGCAGAGGCCCCUUCGUUUUCGAGUGAUAAAGAUGACGUGACACAUUGACCUGUCUGCAAGGCGGGGGGGGGCGGAAUUGCUUUAUCAAAAUGUGGAAGUAAUGUAUGGACUGUUUAAAUGGAAGGCUGACGUACUCCAUUGUAACUGAUUUAAUUGAGGCUGUAAAUUAAAUGUAUGUAACUCGCUCUCUCUAUAUAUUUUAAUGAAUGUGUAUAAAUGAUAUUAUACAUCUGACUUAAUAAAAGAUGAAUUCAUUGAUCUACGUUUAUAUACAGGUAUAUAUGGAUUAGUGAAUAAUAUUGUUGCUCUGUAUUCAUGCAUUCUCUCACUAGACAUUUUUAAUGGACUAUUUGAAUACAAAGAAGUAAAGGCAGGUCAAAGUUAUCAAAAUGGAUGGGGGGAUGGGGGGACUGUAUCCUUCUGUCCCGGUCAGUCUGAAAUCAGAGGGAAAAGACAGGGGGGCAUGCAAAUAUGCAAAAAAACAGAGGCACUUUUUCAGGACCAGCGGCUUGAAAGCUGGUUCCAGGAGACCACCGGGAGACCUAGUUUGAGGCUUUGCUGUAUCAAACCCCAAGUCUCCCCUGGUGUGCCGUGCAGGGUCCUGAAACCUCGUUUCAAGCCACAAAGCGGUUCCGUGUUCCCUCAGCUUAAUGGAUUGGUCUAAACUGUGGCAGUUCUAACGGCAGCUGCCAUUUAAUUAUCUGAUCAGACCCUAAUCUCCCAUGUGUACCCUGAUGGACUCUCUCUCUCUCACACACACACACACACACACACACACACACACACACACACACACACACACACACACACACUGCUGCAGAAAUUCAAUAUCCCCUCCUGCUUUAACCCAUUCAGCACCAAAUCCAUUUUUCAGGUAUGCAAAAUGCAGAGCAUACGCUGUGUCGUGUAGUUUGAUGCAUUACGAUUUCGGACUUAACUUUGUGAGGUUAAGAAAAAUUAGAGCAAGUUAUCAUAACAGCAAAUAGUUAAAAGAGAAAAAAAAAUGACAAGUACACCCCGUCCUCAAAUGAGGACACUGGCACCUAAUGGGAUAACGAUGUUAUGCGGGUGGCUUGAGAUCAAAUCCGCACACCCCAAAUUCUAUAACAACGUGUUUGUUUUUUUGUGUUCUAUGGCUUGCUGUUUAUGAUAGAUUUAUAGAUAGACAGACAUAUAGAUCUCAAUAGAAAUAAGCGAGUGUGGUUACCAUGGCAUCAAAAGCCUUGAAGUAGCUCCAGUGUUAGUUUUCAAGCACGCUUUCCCUUGAUAAAGGUGUGUGAAACAUCGCGAAACGUUGGGAAGUUGCCUCUUUCCAGCACUGACGUGUAUGCAGUCGCUUGGGUGUUUUGUGAGGUCUAUCCCAUGUUUACCUGCUCCGAUCUCUGAUUUGCUCACAUUGAACCAUACGGGAUUCAUUAUUGAUGUAUUUAUUUUGUAAAAUAAAUGAAGUAUUUUGUGUACAUGGUUAAUAAAGUAUUCAAUACAGACUUACCAGCCGAA